AUUUAAGCUGCGCCACAAUCUUAGAGCAGGAAGGAUUUCAGCUGAGGCCGAUUAAUUGAUCAUUCAACAAUAUGUAUUUACUAAUCUUCGCACACGCUUACGAUCUAGUAAACUUCAUCUUUUAUUUAUUACAGAAAAAAAGGAGCAACUAACCAGUGUAAUCGCUUUGGCAGAUUAUUUCUUUGACCGAAGUUAUUCGUAUAUACAUUCUUCUUCUGGCUGUUUCUUGGCAUGUCCUAUUGUGUUUUCAGGUCUUUUCUCGAAACUCACCUUUGACAUUCCCCGGAAAAGUAGGACGUGGCCGAUGCUAGAAAGGAUCUAUACUUCAAGAACGGGACUAUAGCCUCUUGGGUAUGGAUUCUCAACCAUCCAUCGUCGCCGACAAGGCAGCUAUUUCUAGAAGGCCAGUCCACCGCCCAUCGGAUGGAGCUGGUCCCAGCAAUCCUCCCCCGGUAGUAGAGCUUCCAGCCGAUAUUCCCGUAGGGCUACCGGGGGGACCUCCGGCUGAGCUGUCGGCUGGUGAUCUUGCAGCCAACACCCAGCAUCAUAUGCCACCACCAUACUCCAGCCCUGCAGAUAAUACUGUAGAUCCUCAAUUACCAAAAGGCCCACAAUAUUAUCCCGGCCUUCCCAUCCUAGACUACCGUCAAUACCUGCCGCCCAUGUUUGAGCUAUCGGCAGACACCACAGCUAUUACCACCAAAGCCAAUUACCUGUCUGAAAACCCGAAAGCUCUGGCCUCAUUACUGCGAUCCCUGGCUACCGUACCGCCAAAACCCCAAGUACUGAUCCAGGGACGGCGUGACCGGAAAACGGAUUUCAGUCUCAAACUGAAUCUUAUGAACUUGCUUGUCUCUAACGGUGCUCAUGAUCGCCUCGACUACCUCCGGUGCGUCGGCAAGGAUGAGAUGGCGCUACGCGGAGGAACCGAGCCGGGGCUGAAGCCUCACUUUGGUAUAGACAAUGGGUUGGAGGCAUGGUGCGAUCGAUAUGUUAAGGACUCCGCGUCGAUCAAAACCUUCACACUCGAGCGGGUCGUAGCAAACCUCGAUACGAACUGGAUAGAAGGCCAAGUCCGAAGCCUCGUUGCGUCUACGGACUACAAAGGCCAAGUCAUAGUACAGUUUCCCGUUACACACGCCAAAAUCAUCGUACAAAAUCCGGACAAACAUAAUAAGUUCUUGACAAGCGUCACGUCACUGUUCUCUAGUAAAAGCAAGUACGAGGUCGUCAAGGCUGUGUGGCCGUUCGCUACAGGCAGGAAUGGUGAGCCUGGGCGAAGGUGCGUCGUGCAGAGUGAGAAGACGUGGUGGGAGGAAUGGCGCGAUCCGAUCAAGUACGCCAUUGCGACAAAACGUAAGGGUUGGGUCACGAAUGAGGAUAAACUGGAAUGUAUUAUGGAAAGCAAAGGGAAAGGCAUUUCUCUAGUGGACUGGGGCCCGGAAUUCUAGACGUCAACAUUGGGGCCAAAUAUGAAUCGUCUCACCUCUUCCCAAGCAAACAACAUGAUUGGGUAUAUUCCUCUUGGUUGAUACCAUCUCUAAGUAAUAUAAUUUUAUUAGUAGUUGCAAGGCAGCAUGUCGUCCAGAGCACAAACAUUAGAAAGUCAAGACCUACCUCGUAAAUACCAUACCUAUUUUAUUUAUUAUCCCGAAUACACAACUCUUGUCACUUUUCUACUAGUCCUAUCCUCAAGACGUAUCUUACAGCCUUGAUACUUCUUUUCCUAAGCACCAAGG